GAAAACAAACAAGUGACAACAAAAGCGGCUCGGCGCUCGGCUUGAUUUUUUGAGCUAAGCUAAUGAGCUUUCAUGAUUCUUUUCAACUAAAUUUUGAAUUUUGAGCUUUUAGAAUUAAUUCUAGCAUUUCGUGAAAGUGUCUUUUUAGGUGUAAUUUAUUCUUCAUUUCGCGAGUGUAACCUUAUGACUUUAAUCGAAGAAUAUUUUUAUUCAUUUCGUAUAGUUCUGUAAUUAUGAGAAUACGUUCUAAUUUCUGCUGAAAGCGUUUUGCUAGUUGUUACUUUGUUACAUUUGAAAUUAUUAAAAUGGCCAAUUUUUCGAAGUAUAAAAUUUAUUUUGGCAGUACACUGGGAGCUGUUGUCGGUGGGUUAUCCACCUACUAUGGAAUGAUAACAUUUCACGGUCCUCCAUCACCGAAGUGGGAUUUCAAUUGGGACAAGCGAGCUCCUCAAUCGUUGACUAAGCCCGUCAAGAACGCAGAUGAUCCCAAGCAACAGAAUGAAUUCAAUGAAAAUUUGGCAAAAAAUAAGUCGAAGGCUGUUCGUCACAUAAUUUUAAUCCGUCAUGGUCAAUACAAUCUUAGUGGUAAAACUGACAAAGCUCGAGCGUUGACUGAGUUAGGAGAGAAGCAAGCCUUAGCGACUGGAGAACGUUUGAAAGAGUUAGGAUUACCUUAUACAAACAUAAUACGUUCAACAAUGACUAGAGCCACGCAAACAGCGUCCCUAAUUCAAAAAUAUCUUCCUGAUGUUCCUGUUAAAGAUUGUAAAAUGCUCGAAGAAGGCGCUCCAAUCCUACCUGAGCCGCCUCAUUCCACUUGGAGACCUGAAUUACAUCAGGUAUUUCGGGAUGGUGCUCGAAUAGAGGCUGCCUUUAGGAAGUACAUCCACCGAGCUCCUCCUGAUCAAGUUAAUGAUUCUUACGAUAUCAUUGUGUGCCAUGGAAAUGUGAUCCGUUAUUUCGUAUGCAGGGCUUUGCAAAUUCCUGCUAACGCUUGGUUACGAUUUUCCAUCAAUCACGCCAGUAUUACAUGGCUUUCAGUGAAUCCUAAUGGUAAAGUUAUAUUACAUGAAUAUAGUGAUGUCGGGCAUAUGCCACCAAAAUAUAUCACUACUAGCUAAAUGAAUGAUACUUUCGUGUAUAUCUAUUCUCGAACUGUAAUACUUUGAAUUUAAAUAAAUGUUUGUUGGUA